CUUUUCUGAUCCAGCUAGCAACAUUUUGUUUUACGUCAUAGAAACAAUACGUUUUUUAAAUAACAUGCACAACAAAUUCUCAAAGUUCUCUUAUAUAUAGCUUAUCUUAAUCUUAUAUUGCUGUAGACUUUGUUGCGAGUUGGUGUCCGCUUUAUUGAAAGCUGUUUGCGCAAGGACAUUCACUAUGAAAGUGUACAAGGAUAUCUUCACUGGGGACGAGAUGUUCACCGAUACGUAUAAGAUGAAUUUGGUCGACGAUGUUAUCUAUGAAGUGUAUGGCAAGUUGGUUGUCCGCAACCAGGACAACAUUGUGCUGGCCGGUGCCAAUCCAUCGGCCGAGGAGGCUGACGAGGGCGCCGAUGUGGGCGUCGAAAGUGGUGUUGAUGUGAUAUUGAAUCAUCGACUGCAGGAAUCGUUUGCUUUUGCCGACAAGAAGUCCUUCACGCUCUACCUCAAGGACUAUAUGAAAAAGGUGCUCGAGAAUCUGCAGCAGAAUGCUCCAGGCCAAGUCGAUGUGCUGAAGACCAAUAUGAACAAAGCGAUGAAGGACAUCCUUGGGCGCUUCAAGGAACUGCAGUUCUUCACUGGCGAAUCCAUGGACAUCGAUGGCAUGGUCGCCAUGUGCGAAUAUCGCCAGCUGAACGGCGAAAGCGUUCCAGUUUUUAUGUUUUUCAAGCACGGUCUCCAAGAGGAGAAGUUAUAAGCACUCUGACCUCUAUUUGACAGAAACUUUUUAAAAAUCCCUAUUCCGAUAUAUGCAAAAUUAUAAAAAUAUUUACCAAAACGCUGCACAACAAACGCAACACAAACGGAUGGAUAUGCAACACAUAACAGAAACCAGAAACACA